CUCGCAUGCCAGAACACGCGACGGCCAACAGCAGAAUCCCUCGCAGAGUACCCGUCUGACCAACAAGAGUUGGCGAUGACAGAGGAGGUCAGUCAGAGCGGCCAUGUUCGCAUUGUUGGUGCGAUCGCUGGCAUUGGAAGCGGUCAGAUAUUUGCUUUUACUGUUCGCGAGAUCUGCCUUUGCUGAAGGUGAUACAGGUCUGACGAAGGUUACUGUGGGCCAUGGCUUCGACACUAUAAAAACUCGUCUGCAAUGUUGUCCUCCAGGAAUAUACCGCGGAACGCUGGACUGUCUUGUCAAAGUAGUCCGCAAUGAGGGUGUGUUUGCGCUUUAUAAGGGAGCAACCCCUCCAGCAGUCGGCUGGGGUGCCAUAGACUCACUUCUUCUUGGAUCGCUUCACAAUUAUCGGCUUUUCCUCAUACGCCAUCAUUGGACCGAGCAUGUUCCCGGGACUGAUGUUCAACGACUAACGUUAGCAGGCCAUGGUUUAGCAGGCUUUGGGGCUGGUCUCACAAGCACUCUGAUCGCCACCCCCAUGGAGCAUCUAAAAAUCAAGCUCCAAAUGCAAUCCCAGAGGUCUGCAGCAGAUAGGCAGUUCAAGGGUCCAAUAGAUUGCGCAAAACAGAUCGUACAACACAAAGGUGUCCUGGGCCUAUGGACAGGAUUCACAGGAAGCCUUGCAUUCCGAGGCAAUUUUCUCUGGAUGUUUGGGUCAUUCGAGGCAUUGAUGAGACUUUUUACGAGUAUGCAAGGGACUUCGUUUGAAAUGACGACCGGAACAGCAAACUUUCUUUCCGGAGGCUUGAGCUCCUUCACAUUCUGGUUCAUGGCCAUCCCAGCAGACAAUAUCAAAAAUCGUAUGAUGGCAGUACCUCUCACAGACCCAAGACCGACAUUCAGGGGGACCGUAACGCAGAUAUACAGAACCCUCGGCGUCCGAGGGUUCUUUGCUGGAUUGACACCUUGCUUAUUGCGAGCCUUCCCUUCGAAUGCUUGUGCGUUUUAUGUGUAUGAAGGGUUGAUGCGGGGCUUUGGAGCGGAAAAGACGAGACAUUGACACGAUAUCAAUACCCAUAUCAUUCGUAGAUCUUUCUUUCAGGAUUUCUUAGAAGACAUCUCUUGUUUAGAUCGCAUUCGCUGCAGAUAAUGUGUGAUGCAAACAACGAUCAACUGGGAUCUAGCUCGAUUCCUACAGUACUCAAUAGGCUACUGCCCUUCUUCUGCCACGAGAAAUAACCCCAAGCAACCAGCGACACCAGCACAGACAAGACCACAGCACAUACGAAUAUCCAAACUUGACCCCUACUAUGCUUCCACCCUAUCCUCCGACCUUUCCUAACCGUAGCACCAUUAGGCCGUUCAUCAUCCGCCAACUUGAUAGUCUUCUCAAACAAGUUCUCAAGCCCAGUCGGCUCUUCAGGAGGGAAGAACCGCUGUGGUCGAAGCCAUGACCCGUCGUCAACAAUGUUGGCUCGAGCUUUGCCUUUGCCCUUACCCUUGCCUUUCCCUUUCCUAUCGAGUUUAGCAGGUGUAGAUGUCGGUGUCCAAUCCAUAGCAUCAGGGUCCUCCUCUUUCUCAGAUUGACUUUCGUUAUCCACAUCUUCGUCUUCAUC